UGUUUUUAUUAUUAUUAUAAUUACCUCUAGAUCGCCGGCGAUGUUUACGUCAGACUGAACACGUCCUCACAAGAAGAUCAAAUCUAACCUCCUCUCUCUUCUGUCGGGCCAACUUCGUUCUUUUCUUAUCUCUGCUCUUAGCUCUAGUAUACGUAUGUAUACAUGAUCAAAAAUUUACUCGGUUUAAUUUUUUUAUUUUUUUAUUUUUUGUCGGAGAGUCGACGUUCUGCUCUGCAAUGAUGUGAAUUAACAUGUUUUUCGCAUAUGGGUUAAUGAAUCUUGUCUGAUCCGUGGAUGUGUCGGUGUAUGUUUUUAGGAUUACUUUUGGCCUGAUUCUUCAGAAAAGCUAUCUAAAAAAAAAUAUUUGAAAAUGGAGAGUAAGAUUGGUGGUGAAAAGAUUCAUAAGAGUAUGGAAUGGGAUUCAAAUGAAUGGAGAUGGGACGGUGCUUUACUUGUUGCUACUCCUCUCAAUUCUGUGCCGUCGGAUUGUAGGAGUAGACAGCUUGGAUCAGAUGAACUAGUGUUGUUGGGUGAUGGGAAUGGGAAUGGGAGGGAGAAGAGGGACUUUGAGAAAAGAGCAAGGGGAGUUUUCGAGAUGGAAGAAAAUGAAAAUGAAGAUGUGGGAUUACCUAAUCUAAAGCUAGGUGGACAAGUGUACCCUAUCGCCGAAAUGGAAGGGAAGAGUGGGAAGAAGACCAAAGUUUCAAAUGCGCUGCCUAUGUCUAGUCCUUCUGUUUGUCAAGUAGAGGAUUGCAGAGCUGAUUUGAGCAAUGCCAAAGAUUAUCACCGAAGGCAUAAAGUAUGUGAUCUCCACUCCAAGUCUACCAGUGCUUUAGUGGGAGAUGUUAUGCAGAGGUUUUGUCAGCAGUGCAGCAGGUUUCAUGUUCUUCAAGAGUUUGAUGAAGGGAAGAGGAGUUGUCGCAGGCGUCUGGCAGGCCACAACAAAAGGAGGAGAAAAACACAUCCUGAGAAUGAUGAGCCGGGUAGUAAUUACUUACUUAUCAGUCUCCUAAGGAUACUCUCCAAUAUACACUCGAACAGCUCUGAUCAAAUACAAGAUCAGGACCUUGUGUCUCAUCUGCUAAAAAACCUUGCACAUCUCACCGGGACAAAUCCUGCUGGAGUUUUACCUGUAUCUCAGAAUGUGGGGACUUCCUUAGGCACUGCUCUAAAGGGACUUAGUGCGCCUUCUGGGCCAGGUAUGACCAUACCUGCAUCUGAUUUGACAGAGAAGAGGACGCUAAUAGGUGGAGUAUCACAUGCAUCCACUUCAGAAUCUCCUUUACCAUUUCGAACAACAUCAAGCGACUUAUUCAAAGAAAAAGAUUCAAAUACUGGAGUAGGGAGGACAAAACUAAGUAACAUUGACUUAAACUGUGCAUAUGAUGGUUCUCAAGAUUGCAUGGAGGAUAUGCCCAAUACUUCACAUCUUAACAAAACGUCUCCUGGUGGAUCAUCGUGGUUAUGUAAGGAUUCUCAACGGUGUGGCCCACCUCAGAAUAGUGGCAAUUCAGCUUCUACAUCUAGCCAGUCACCAUCUACAUCCAGCGGAGAGGCACAGAGUCGGACAGAUAGAAUUGUCUUCAAACUUUUUGGGAAAGAUCCAAGCGAUUUCCCUCUUCUCCUGCGAAAACAGAUUCUUGAUUGGCUAUCAAAUAGUCCAACGGACAUAGAAAGCUACAUCCGACCUGGUUGCAUUAUAUUGACGAUAUAUUUACAUAUGGAAAAAUCCAGUUGGGAUGAGCUUUACUGCAAUCUGACUUCAAGUUUGCUGAGGCUUCUCAAUUCAUCUACUGACUCGUUUUGGAGAACAGGAUGGAUAUACACUCGAGUACACCAUCAUGUCACAUUUAUGUAUAAUGGCCAGGUUGUUUUAGACACACCCUUACCUGUGCGAAAUCAUCAAAGUUGCAGAAUAUCAAGUAUCAAGCCAAUCGCUGUCACUGUUUCCGAGGGUGUUCAUUUUGUAGUCAAAGGAUUCAAUUUGUCUCGUUCUACUUCAAGGUUACUAUGCGCACUAGAAGGGAAGUAUCUAGUGCAGGAAAAUUGUGGUGAUAUGAUAGGAAGAGCAGAUUCGUUCAUCGAGCAUAAUCAGAUUCAGUCCUUGACCUUCUCUUGUGCUGUACCAAAUAUUGUUGGAAGGGGUUUUAUAGAGAUUGAAGACCAUGGUCUGAGCAGCAGCUUCUUUCCGUUCAUUGUGGCAGAGAAAGAUGUCUGCUCUGAAAUAUGUACUCUAGAAAGCGUAAUUGAAGAUGCAAACGAGAUACAAGUUAGGAAUGAAGCAUUGGACUUUAUACACGAAAUGGGGUGGCUUCUACAGAGAAAUCGCCUCAAGUCUAGGUUAGGUGACGGGGAUCUAUUCCCAUUUGAACGCUUCAGGCGGCUUACUGAGUUCUCCGUCGACCAUGACUGGUGCGCUGUAGUAAAAAAGCUGUUGAGGAUUCUGUUCGAUGAUGGGACUGUGGAUUUGGGACCACAGAACUCGAAUAUAGUGGCACUGCUUAAUGACGUUGGCCUUGUUCACCGAGCUGUGAGAAGGAAGUGCAGCUCCAUGGUUCAAUUUCUACUAAACGAAACGAAUCCACUUGCGGAUGACGGGGGUGGGGCCCACUUAUACUUGUUCAGGCCGGAUGCUGCGGGACCAGGUGGAUUGACUCCCCUUCAUAUAGCAGCCAGUCUGGACGGAUGUGAGAAUGUAUUGGAUGCAUUAACUGAAGAUCCUGGAUCCGUGGGAAUUGAAGAAUGGAAGAGGGGUAGAGACAGUAGUGGAUUAACAGCGCAUGACUAUGCAUGUAUACGUGGGCAGUACUCGUACAUAAAUAUUGUUCAGAGGAAAGUGGACAAGAAAUCAGCAGUUGUUGGUGUUCAUAUCGGAGAUAGUAGUAGUAGUAGAGGAGAAGUAGUAUUAUCGGUAUCGGUGGAGAAGACAAUGGAAAUAGAGAGGAGAAGACGAAGGUGUGGGGAAUGCGAAGAGAGAAUAAUGAGAUAUGGAAAUAGGUCAACGAGAGGUAGAGUGAGAAUAUACAGACCGGCAAUGCUUUCAUUGGUAGGAAUAGCUGCCGUAUGUGUGUGCACUGCUUUGCUCUUCAAAAGCUCACCUGAGGUUCUCUUUUCUUUCCGCCCUUUCAGAUGGGACCAAUUGAAGUAUGGCUCUCAGUAGUAUUAUGAAUUAAUUGUACAUGUUUUGUUGGUUAACUGAUGAUGAUAUAUAAAUUAAUUAGGGGAUAUGCUUUGUCUCCAUGUAUUAUAACUUAUUAUUAUAACUUUUUGUUUAUUUUUA